UUCUGGUGCGUUGGUGAGUGGGAGAGAGAGCUCACCUGUGGAGCAGUUGUGCGUGACUACGAUACCAGGAAAUGUUUGAAUCCGUGUUGUCUGUGGUAUAAGAAAGACUUGUUUGUUUCGUUUCAAAGAAGAUACAUCCAAACCAUGGAAACAACUAUCUUAAACGGCAGCGGACGUCUGUUAAACGAUUGCUUGGCAGCCCCUGUUGAAAACUCGUUUUCAGGUGGAAACAACGUUUGUCAGACUCCCGUGAAGCGACAGGCGGUGAAGCGGCACCACCACAAACACAACCUGAAACACAGAUACGAAUUCCUAGAGACACUCGGGAAAGGGACGUAUGGGAAGGUCAAGAAAGCGAUCGAAAGAUCUGGGAGACUGGUGGCCAUUAAGUCCAUCAGGAAGGACAAGAUCAAGGAUGAGCAGGACCUGGUCCACAUCCGCAGGGAGAUCGAGAUCAUGUCUUCUCUCAGCCACCCCCACAUCAUCACCAUAUAUGAAGUGUUUGAGAAUAAGGACAAGAUUGUGAUCGUGAUGGAGUACGCCAGCCGAGGGGACCUGUACGACUACCUGAGUCAGAGGCAGAAGAUCGGGGAGGCGGAGGCAAGACACCUCUUCAGACAGAUCGUGUCUGCAGUGCACUACUGCCACAGGAAUGGGAUAGUCCAUCGUGACCUGAAACUGGAGAACAUUCUUCUGGAUGGUGACGGCAACAUUAAGAUUGCUGAUUUCGGCCUGUCGAAUCUCUACCACGGCGACGAGUUCCUGCAGACGUUCUGCGGGAGCCCGCUGUACGCCUCGCCGGAGAUCGUGAACGGGCGUCCCUACAAGGGGCCCGAGGUGGACAGCUGGUCCAUGGGGGUCCUGCUCUACACGCUGGUGCACGGGGCCAUGCCCUUCGACGGCCACAACCACCGCAACCUGGUGCAGCAGAUCAGCACCGGCGAGUACCGCAAGCCCACCAAGCCAUCUGAUGCGUGCGGUCUGAUCCGCUGGAUGCUGAUGGUGAACCCGGAGCGGCGGGCCACGCUGGAGGAGAUCGCGGGCCACUGGUGGCUCAACUGGGGCUACCAGCGACCCCUGCUGGCCGAGAGCGAGAGCGCGGUUGUCGGCGGUACCACCGUCGGCUCCACCGUCAAAGGCACCAUCGCCGUGGCUACAGCUGCAGCGGCAACGACGCACACUCAAACACCGGCAGCGCCCACGCGCAUCGCUGACUGGCUGCGGCGCACCUCGCGGCCCUUGCUGCAGAGCAGCUCCAAGAUGCGUUGCCUGCUGCGCUCACAUGCUCCCGGUGGUAGCGGAGGUGGUUUGGUGGAGAUGGUGCGUCAGCGCUCCAUACGGAGGUCCCGCAAGGAGAACAACGUCUCCCAGAGCAUGCAGGACGGCCCCGCCGCCCGACCCCACAAGGGCAUCCUGAAGAAGCGGGGCAGCCUGAAGCAGAAGCCCCCCAACGACGCCCAGCCGCCCCCCACGCCCACCUUGCCACCUCAGGAGGAGAGUCCUGCACCACCACCCGCCACCCAGCCUACUGCUUUCAGCUUUGCCACCUCCAACGCGAGCACCCAGACCGCGCCCCAAUCGGUGCCCGCAGCCGAAGUGGCACUGCCACGUAAGGGCAUCCUGAAGAAGCCGGUGGAGAGGGAGUCUGGCUACUACUCGUCCUCCUCGUUCCCAGAGAGCAUCGACUCGCCACCGCCACCGCCCCCCUCAGAGGAGGCCCCCCUCUGCCCCUCCGUCCCGCCCCUCCGCAAGGGCAUCCUCAAGCGCAACGGCAAGUUCUCCUCGGGCGGCCUGCAGGAGUUCGGCUCGCUGGACCAGCUGGCCGCCUCCCUGCCCCAAGGGGUCGCCAGAGUGCGGCCCAAGGGAGCCGUCAGCGAGGACAGCAUCCUCUCCUCUGAGUCCUUCGACCGGCUGGACCUGCCGGACCGCGACAGCCCCGCCGCCCCCAUGGAGAAGCCGUCGGUAGCGGUGUCGGCCAGCAGCAUGAGGGGCUGCGUGUCCGCAGACAACCUGUUGGAGCUCAGGGAGGACAGAAGAGUGAACAUGGGCGGGGGCAACCAGGGCCACAGGCGGAUGCACAGUCCCUGGGACCUGGCUUGCUACCAGAGCAGCGGCCUGAGUGACAGUGUCUUCUCCAUCUCGGACUGUCCCAAUGUGACGGAGGUCUACAGGCAGGCCAUAGGAGCUGCCACUGCUGCCAGCUGAAGCUACAGUGAGCCAAUGGGCUACUUGAUGGACACUUCAGUGCAUGCAAAGGACAUUGGUUAACUGCAGAGGGAAACCCACUGACACGUUUACUACACGUCGAUGCGGAAAAACCUCUCUCUCUGAGGUUUUCUAGGACUUGUUAUAAGAGACGAUGGUGCUGGCCCGUGUUUUUGAGAAUGUGUUGCAUCCAAGAAGUGAAGAUCUUUUUUAAACAAGUGAAAACACUUAGGCUUGGCAGCGUAGUGGGACUGGCCAGAUCACUGUGAAAAACAGUGAAUGGAUGUUUGGUGUUAUGUCAUGUGGAGAGCAUGUCAGGGACAGAGGAUAAAACUAGACUUUUUAUACUGUAUGCAGUCGAAUUUUAAGGGAUAGGCUAAACUUGCAAUCAGGGAUGUUUUUAACAAAAAAAAUCUCUUAUAAGGCCACUGUUGUGGUUUGUACUUUUUUUUACAUUUCUGCAAUCAGCAUGUAUUGUUUUCAAUACUAGCUGCUCUGCUGCAAAAUGUUGCCAAAGAUUUAGCAAAUUCAGUCAAGAAUCACAGAUGACGACGACCUACUGUAUAUCACUGAACAGUUCUGUUGACAAGCCAGUGUUUGUUUUAAGGAAACAAGCAACCUUGGACCUCCAAAUCAUCGAUUCGGUUCAGGAGCAGUUUCAGAGAAAGUGAGAGGUUGCCAAUGCUAUUAUGCACUAUCAUCAUAAAUGAUCUGGUGCAAUAAACACUAGCUGGUUUCUGCUGCACAGUGGGACACACUCUCAUCUGUCCACGUUACCGGAGUGCGUUAAUGUUUCACUUUUAUGACCUCCCUGCUUGGCGGUCUAGACUGAUCAAGUGCUCUACUGGAAUUUUCAUUGCUCUGUGGUCAAGGGAACAGUGAGUCUUUUCAUGAUGGCAGAGGGAAAGUGACGUUUUAUGACCUCCUUCUGUCAACAGUUGGAACGCUAAUUUAUAAAACGAUGGUUUAGGCAUUUUUAAUAUACAAAUGAAAUUUAUUUGAAAUGAAUUUGGACAUUUCUUUGUUAAUUACAGUUUAAAACAACACAAGUUUAUGAUUGAAUGUUUUUCCUUUGAGUUUCAAAAUAACCACAAUGACAGGAGUUUUAAGUAUUGGGAUUUAGCAAAAAAAGAGAAAAAAAGUCAAUUUUGCUUACAUCAUAUUCAAACGAUUUCACAUGAUUUUAGAGUGAGGUUUACACACAAUUAUGGGAAUUAUAUUUUCAAUAGCAAUCCAAACAAACUGCUAUUUCAACCUUGAAGGGAUAAAGAAAAUUCAAAAUUCAUCAUUCACUAAUUAUUUGUCUGUAGCAUCGUGUCUGCAUUCUGCUCUCUUACCCUUGUUCACUACAAACUCCAUACUUAGAUACUCAGAUACUCUGUUAGUUUGUAAAUAGUAAAUGACUGGCCUUAACCAGUAUUCAUUCUCUGUUGUGGUAAACGUUUCUGUACUAUGUACUGGCAUUUGCCCACAAAGGAGGCUGUGAGUUAAGGUACAGGAGGUUGUAGUUUUUGGAAGUGCCUUUUCUGUUUUUCCAAAGAAGUUAAUUUAUAUUUUGUACCAACACAUGUGCCGUCAGUGGCUUUGAUGUGGGUCAAUAAAAACAUGGUUCAACUGAA